GCCCGGGCUGGUGCGCGCGGCCCUCGACUGCGGGCGCCGCGUGGCCGCUCCGGGGGGCAUGGAGCCCCCUGGGGGCCUGGGCUCCGGCCUCGCCACCUACGACUUCCUGGUCAUCGGCGGCGGCUCGGGCGGCCUGGCCAGCGCCCGGCGUGCGGCCGAGCUCGGAGCUCGCGCCGCCGUGGUGGAGAGCCACAAGCUGGGGGGCACCUGCGUGAAUGUCGGAUGUGUGCCCAAAAAGGUCAUGUGGAACACGGCGGUCCACUCAGAGUUCAUUCAUGACCAAGAAGAUUAUGGUUUCCAGAGCUGUGACACCAAGUUCAAUUGGCGGGUCAUCAAGGAAAAGCGGGAUGCCUACGUGAGCCGUCUGAACAACAUCUAUCAGAACAACCUCACCAAGUCCAAGAUAGAAAUCAUUCGGGGCCACGCAGCCUUCACAAGUGACCCUGAGCCCACGGUGGAGGUCAACGGGAAGAAAUACCGCGCUCCCCACAUCCUGAUCGCCACGGGGGGCGUCCCGGCCCUUCCCAGUGAAGACCAGAUCCCUGGGGCCAGCUUGGGAAUGACCAGCGACGGCUUCUUCGAGCUGGAAGAUUUGCCCAGGCGCAGUGUGAUCGUGGGCGCUGGGUACAUCGCUGUGGAGAUAGCCGGCAUCCUCUCGGCCCUUGGCUCUCGGACAUCACUGAUGAUCCGUCAUGACAAGGUGCUUCGCUCUUUCGAUGCGUUGAUCAGCUCCAACUGCACUGAAGAACUCGAGAAGGCGGGCAUCGAGGUCCUGAAGUACUCCCAGAUCAAGGAAGUGAAGAAGACGUCGUCGGGUUUGGAGCUGACCACGGUGACGGCGGAGCCCGGUAGGAAGCCCACCGUGUGCACGAUCCCAGACGUGGACUGCCUGCUAUGGGCCAUUGGGCGCACCCCAAACAUCAAGGGCUUGAACCUGAACAGGCUGGGCAUCCAGACCGAUGACAAAGGGCACAUUGUGGUUGACGAAUUCCAGAACACCAACCGGAGGGGUGUCUAUGCUGUGGGGGAUGUGUGUGGAAAAGCUCUUCUCACUCCAGUCGCUAUCGCCGCCGGGAGGAAACUCGCCCACAGACUUUUUGAAUGCAAACUGGACUCCAAGCUAGACUAUGAAAACAUUCCGACCGUCGUCUUCAGCCACCCGCCCAUCGGGACGGUGGGACUCACGGAAGACGAAGCCAUUUCUAAAUAUGGAAAAGAAAAUGUGAAGACCUACGUGACUGCCUUUACCCCUAUGUACCACGCGGUGACGAGAAGGAAAACCAAGUGUGUGAUGAAGAUGGUGUGUGCCCUCCAGGAAGAGAAGGUGGUGGGGAUCCACAUGCAAGGACUCGGGUGUGACGAGAUGCUGCAAGGCUUUGCGGUGGCCGUGAAGAUGGGGGCCAGGAAGGCCGACUUUGACAACACGGUGGCCAUCCACCCGACCUCUUCUGAAGAGCUGGUCACGCUCCGCUGAGGGAGGAGGCCUCGGGGACCACUGCCAGAUGCCGCCGCUUUUCUCAUUCCUCUUUUGCGGACUGUACCUCUCAGUCCAGUUCCCUAUGGUCACAGAGAUUUCCAAUAAACAGUAGAUGUGAUUUCCGUAA